AUGGCUUUCACUUCGUUUCUUGGCAGAGUUAUCUUCGCCUCUGUUUUCAUACUCUCUGCUUACCAAGAGUUCAACGAAUAUGAGUCUGAUGGGGGACCAGCAGCAAAGGCUUUCAGACCAAAGUUUGAUGUCUUUACAAAGCAUGUGCAAUCUCACAUUGGCAAACAAGUGCCAGAAAUCAAAAUUGCACACUUAGUUGCCGCCACUAUAGCACUCAAGGGCAUUGGAGGCAUCCUCUUCAUCUUUGGCACUUCUCUUGGAGCCUAUCUCCUGCUUCUGCAUCAGAUGAUUGCCACUCCUAUUUUAUAUGAUUUCUACAAUUAUGACAACGAGGAGAAAGAAUUUACACAACUCUUCAUCAAAUUUACACAGAAUAUGGCUCUUUUUGGGGCAUUGCUGUUUUUCAUUGGGAUGAAGAACUCAAUUUCUCGGAGACAACCGAAGAAGAAGGUUCAGAAAACAAAAACUUUUUAG